GAACUCUUUACUGUUUACUUUGUAUGGGCUGAAUAACAGCCUCUGCUGUAAGAAAGAUUAUUGCUCUGAGCAUAAAGAUGUGGCUGAUUCACAAUGAAUCUUCCUGAGACUUUGGAAACUCCCAUGUCUGUUGACCUCAGAAGAAAGCUGCUCUUUUCUGUGAGUCAAAACUUGAUCUCAAGCAGGAGUUGUGGACUUGUCCCCCCACACCCAGUAGUUCCCGUUGAUCCAUGGAGCAUAAAAGCCCCUGACUUUACCCCAAAACUGUAUACUAUUUUUAAAACGUCUUUGGGGUUGCCACAGAUCAAGGGCAAAAACAUUAACCUGGUUAAAUCAAAUAAUAGUGUGGGAGAAAAAUCUUUUAUUUUGGAAAAGAUUAAUGAUGUUACUCCUUCAUUAUUGCCUGGACUUGAGCAAAAGGGAUGUAAAACAAGAACAUUUAUCACGUUCUACAAACCACCAGACUCACUAGAGUCAAAAUUGUUGUUUGUGAGAGAAGGGAUAUAUCCAGUGGGGCCUUACAAAGAUCCAAAACUUCAUAACUUCAGACCUUGUGCUGAGGGAAUGCCAGAUAUGGUGACUUUUUUAGAAAAGGAUCCUGGCUACUUGAUCUUAAAUUCUCAGUGCCUAAACAAAGUUACUGACAGCCAUCCUAACCUGAGCCCUUCUCAUAGACACACAGUAAGCAAAAUGGAUACUUUCAAACCAGCAGAGCUUAAAUGGGACGCAAAGCUCGUACUACCAAAGAUGCCAUGGCCUCCAAAAUCUGCUUCUUAUACAAGACAUCGCCGCAGAAGAGGAGUAUAUAGUGCCUUAAUGGACCGAGUUGAAGAAAAGUUGACCAACUCCUGGAGGAAAUGAAUCUGUUUUAAG